AAUUUCAAACAUCGGAGAGUCAAUAAGCGUAACAUACAUCUGUAGCAAACAAAUGAUCAAAGACGCCGGAAAAUUCAGAAGUAAAGGGAAUUGAAGGAAAUGAUGAAUAAAAUUGAAUACCAUCUAUAAUAAUGUUGACUCGAAGCUCUAUAAUCGAAUUCCCAAUCUAAUUACAUUUUGUUCGUGGAGGAAUCUUUAAGAAAUCAAAUGCUAUUCACAUCAUUUGCUGUUUGUCUUUUGACAUCAACUUCCAUUGAUAAUGCUGUAAUUAUAGGCCCAACCACGGCCAAGAAAAUAGAAUCGGAAAAACUUUAAUGGUUCUCAUUUAAUGUAUUGAACGUGAGUUCUUAAAGUUUCCGAUAAAAACUUUCUUCAGAGGAAUAUUUAAAAACUUACAUAAUUCUUGGAAAAAUAUUUUUCUUAUCAAUUUUCAAGGGAAAAUCUUUAUCAUGUCCUCAUGUGAGAUGAUUGUGGAAAAAUAAAUAAAUCCUAUUGACGAAAAUUUUCAAAUAUUCCUGAUCUUGACAGGGAAAUUAAUGAGAUUUCAAAUCAAUUGUGACGAUUUUCCGGAAGAGAAAUUUCCUCAUGAAUAUUUUUAUGAGUUAUUUAUAGGAUGAAAUGUCCUUUGAUGACUCAAUAAGUUCUAUAUUCAAACGAUUCAAACUCUAUUUCCGCAGAUAACCUCUUGGGCGCACCUUUCGUAAGAGCCAUUGUCCUCAUCACUGUGAGGUGUGAGGAACAUGAGAAAUUCGUGGAACAAUUCCAUGAAUUUGAGUGAAAACUUUACACUCAUAAGGGAUACAUUCCUCGUGGCAUUUGGCAAUGGGACUCAGAGCAACAUAUCUGGCAUUAAUUCAUCAUUCACGGAUACCGAUGGUGUCGUACAGAUUUACGUGCCAAGCAAUGAGUUUAUCUUUGACAGAACUGAUGUGAGAAUUGUGAUGUUCACGCUCUACCUAAUGGUGUUUUGUUGCUGUUUCUGCGGCAAUCUCCUUGUUAUCCUCGUUGUAACGUUGUCGAGGAGACUUCGCUCAAUAACAAAUUUCUUUCUUGCUAAUCUCGCCGUGGCAGACUUUUGCGUCGGCGUAUUUUGUGUUAUGCAAAAUUUGUCAAUUUAUCUCAUACCCAGUUGGGUGUUUGGCGACUUCCUUUGCAAAAUGUAUCAAUUCACCCACUCACUGAGCUACACGGCCAGCAUAUUCAUCCUCGUGGUUAUCUGCAUGGAGAGGUACUUUGCAAUUAUCCAUCCCAUUACGUGCAAACAGAUCCUCACAUCCACUAGAUUGCGGAUGGUGAUUGGGGGCGUAUGGAUAACAUCGGCAGUCUAUUCAAUACCUAAAUUCAUUUUCGUAAGGACAAUUACGAAUGAUUUGGGUGACGGCACGACCGAGACCAUCUGUAUCAUGCAUAGAAAACGCUAUGACUCCAAAUUGUUCGAUUUAAUCAAUUUUGGACUUCUCUACGUUAUACCUCUGCUUGUGAUGACGAUCCUAUACAGUCGGAUCGCAAUAACGCUGUGGAAGAGUUCUCAAGGACUUGAACGAAAUAUUGCUUUGAAGAGUACAACGCAAUACAACAAUGAUUCCAUCCAGGCGACAAUGGGAUAUGAAAGUCCACAGCAUCUCAACAAUUCACAUACAUCGAGUCGCAGAUUGAGGAAUGGCCGGAGACAAUUUGAUGUAGUAGAGAGUCAGACCAAAGUAUCAAUGCUAAAUGAGAAAAGUACAACGUGGAGAACGCAGAGCUUUCGAAAUCCACGAAAUCAGCAUAUGCAGCACGUUGGCACUCAAUUAACACAGGUUUCACAUUCCUCGAGCAAUGUUCUUCGAGCACGCCGAGGUGUCAUAAGGAUGCUCAUGGUUGUGGUGCUUACAUUUGCUCUCUGCAAUUUACCAUUUCAUGCUCGGAAAAUGUGGCAAUACUGGUCCAAUGACUACAAAGGAGCAUCGAAUUUCAAUGCAUUAUUUACACCACUUACAUUUUUGGUGACGUACUUCAAUUCAGGCGUAAAUCCAAUCUUGUAUGCAUUCCUUAGUCGUAACUUCCGGAAGGGAAUGCGAGAAUUGCUCAUGUGCUCCUUCAAGAAGAAUCAACGCCAAUCAAUGCGACAACGCCUUCCACUUCAGACCCAUUCUUUACCGACUGAUUCAACCCAUGUAGGCAAUUAUCCGCCAUGAUGCGAACUGCGACACAUCAAUUUGCCAAGAAUUGAGAUGACCCGAGUGAAUUCACGUGUGCACAGUGAGGGAUUCACAUCAACCACCGUCAUACACAAUACAGAAAUUUAAAAUGAAUAUUUUUUUAAUUGUGUAAAAAAAAUAUUUAAUAUUUUAAUGGGAAGCCGAGAAAAGGAUAUCACACAAUGAAUUUGUUAUGGAUUUAUCAAUAUUUGCUGAAAGUCGUAACGUGAAUACAGGAAAUAGAAGUUCUUACCAUUUGUUUUGUUACCACUGUAAAAAGAAAUAAUUAAAAAUAAAAUAUCUACAAAUUAUCCAUCGAAAGUUGAGGAACAAUCAUCAAUAAUUAUUCCUUUUAUAGUACAAAAUGUCUAAUCAACGUUAAUAAAAGAAGAGCUUCUCUGAAAAAUU